UCCUUUGGAUGCAGUGAUGGGGUCAGAGGUACUUUAGCCAUUCUUUGUUCAGCUGCAGAGGGCUCCUCUGUUGCUGCAUUGACUGCUGGGGGCUUAAAGGGGGUUGAAAUUCCUGCCCAUCUCUUAUUGAAUGCAAAUCGCCUCCAUUCAGAAGUAUCAAAUAGCCCGUGUGAGAGUGGGGUGGGGAUGGGAGCUGUGAGAUCAAAAUCGAGCACUGUAAGGGCAAGUCUACAAUAAGUGUGUGAGAUCCGGCUGCCGAGAGGAGCGCCAGUGCCGCCAAGGUCAGACCGUUGCAAAAGCAUCUGUUGUGGUGAAAUCACAAAGGAGACUAUUGUAGCCCAAGUUUGUUGAAAGGAACUUGACGAUGGUGUGUUCAUUGUGUUUAUUGGUAUGUAAUACUGUGUAGACAGGACUUUAAUAAGGGAGAUUACUGUCAUUUCCAGCCGCACGUUGUUACAGAGGACAAAUGAUGGGAUUGUGUUUGGUGUGAUGUUAAAGUGAAACUGAGUUGCAGCAGUGUUUUUGUAGUUGCUGUUGUGUGAUUGGCGCAGAUUUCUUUUUAUUUUUUGCUCCCUUCAUUUUGGAGAAUGGGAAUGGAAACGUACAUCUCCCACAUGCUGCUCCAGCAUGGACUAGGAAGGACUCUCUUGGUACUGGAGCUGUUGCUGGCCACAGUGCUUGCACACUGGCAGAAUGAACCAGUGCAGAUAGUCAGAGACUUGGACAGCCUGAUUGAAGCCUCCAUGCAGUCACCAUUUGCACCCGCUGUGCCCUUCAGCAUCCCGGACAGCUCUGCAUACACCAGUCGGGUCUUUAGGAUGAAAAUCCCACCUGAAGCAGUAACUGCCAAUUCUGUUCUCAAGAUUACAGAGGCUGGGAAAGAAACUCUACCCUCAUGGCUGCACUGGGAUCCUGUGAGUCACUCUCUGCAAGGCCUGCCCCUGGACACAGACAAAGGAGUUCAUUAUAUCAUGCUAUCUUCCCUGGAAGUGGCUGCCAAUGGGAGUCUUGUGCCUGUUGCUUCAGGCGUCUUCUCCAUUGAAGUUCUCCCGGAUGACUCUUUGGACAGUAAUUCUUUCCGUUUGGCAUUGCAGGAUGUCAAUGAAGUCACACCUUUGGUCUGUGUACCUGAAGAGCCGCUUACCAUCUUGACUGUGAUCUUGGACGCUGACCUGACCAAAAUGACAGCCAAGCAGCGUUUGGAACUACUGGACAGAAUGCGCAAAUUCUCUGAGGUGGGACUGCAACAGAUGAGGCUUGUUCCAGUGGUCAAUAACAGGCUGUUUGACAUGUCUGCCUUCAUGGCGGGGCCUGGGAAUGCCAAGAGAGUGGUGGAGAACGGGGCUUUGGUGUCUUGGAAAAUUGGAUGUUCGUUAGACCAGAACAGCGUUCCCAACAUCAGCAGUGUAGAGGUCCCUGCCAAAGAGGGGGCCAUGUCAGCUCAGCUUGGGUACCCAGUCGUGGGCUGGCAUAUUGCCAACAAGAAACCUCACGUGACUAAACGAGUGCGACGACAGAUAAAUCCCACUCCAACACCUGUUUUUGCAGUCCAACCACCAACAACUGCUGUGAUUGAACCUCCCAGUCGUAUAGUGCCAGCACCCACCUCUCCAGCAAUUGCUCCCACCACAGAGAGAGUGGUACCACCAAUCAGAGAGCCAUUGCCAAUUAAACCCAUUAAGACGACUGUCACCGUCAGAACAAAGGAUGCAGUUCUUCACACUCCCACACUGGGCCCUGUACAGCCGACGAGGGUAGUGGAAAGGACAAGCACAACUAUCCCUGGUCAGAUCCAACCUACUGUGACCAGACCUGGUUACAUCGAGCCCACAGCAAUGGCACCUCCCAGUACAACCAAGAAACCUAAGGUAACUACUUUGAAACCACAUGUUACCACUCCACCAACAAUUACUGUAAGCACGAAGGCGCCCAGAAAGACCAAAACACCUCGUCCCAAAAAGCCAACACCUUUGCCACCUACGAAACGUACCACCAUUGGCGUUUACACCACAAGGCCAUCUGUCUACAACAAUCCACCAGAGCUUCAAAACCAUAUUGACCGCGUCGACUCGUGGGUAGGCACCUAUUUUGAGGUUAAAAUUCCGUCCGAUACGUUUUACGAUAAAGAGGACAAGACCACUGACAAGUUAAGGUUGUCCCUGAAACUGAAGGAACAGCAGCUGCUGGAAGAGAACUCGUGGGUGAAGUUCAACAGCACAAGUCAGUUGAUGUAUGGCUUGCCGGACGUCAACCAUGUGGGUAUGCACGAAUAUUUCUUGCACGCGGCAGACAAAGGUGGUCUUACGGCAGUGGACGCCUUCGAAAUUCACGUACACAAGCGGCCACACGGCAAUAAGUCCCCUGUGAAAUUUGCAGUGAGAUUCGAGGGAGAUCAUCAGUCGGUAGUGAACAACGUCAACAAGAAAAUACAACUGGUGAAGAAACUGGCCUAUGCAUUUGGAGAUCGCAACACCAGUACUGUGACCUUACAGGACAUUUACAAGGGUUCUAUCGUGGUGGAAUGGACCAAUAAUAGCGUCCCACUUGAUCCCUGCCCAAAGGAACUGAUUCGAGCUUUAAGUAAACGCAUAGCGGAUGAACACGGUAAACCUAACGAGGUCUUCGCACUCGCAAUGGAACCAGAUUUUUCCCCAAUCAACGUUUCCGUUAUUGGGACUGGAAGCUGUAGAAACAUGCGGUUCGUGCCUGUGGUUCGAAUAGGAAAACCAUCUCCCACCUCCACACCGCCUCCUACUGCAGACGAAGAGCCGUCCAGGAGUAGUAACGAUGACGUAUACCUGCACACCGUCAUCCCAGCGGUGGUAGUGGCUGCCAUUCUCCUUAUUGCCGGCAUCAUCGCCAUGAUUUGCUACCGCAAGAAACGGAAAGGGAAACUCACCAUCGAGGACCAAGCCACCUUCAUCAAGAAGGGCGUACCCAUCAUUUUUGCAGACGAACUUGAUGACUCCAAGCCUCCGCCUUCAUCGAGUGUCCCACUGAUCCUCCAGGAGGAAAAGCCACCUCUCCCCCCUCCGGAGUAUCCCAGCCAAUCUGGCCACGAGUCUAUACCUCUGGGACAGGACUUGAUCGGAGAAUACACCCCCUUGAGAGAAGAGGACCCCAACGCACCGCCCUAUCAGCCCCCUCCGCCUUUUACAGCACCAAUGGAAGGUAAAGGCUCCCGCCCAAAGAACAUGACCCCAUACAGAUCCCCACCACCCUACGUCCCACCCUAAUCCCUGUAGGAGAAAGGACCCACUUUCCACACCAGUGUUGUCUGUAGGGAAUGGAAGCCUGCCAUUUUUUUUGAAAACUGGGUCUGUUGGUGAAGAAGCCAGCAAAAGAGCACUGGAAUUUCACCAACGCUGUUCAGCUUCUUCCCGCUCAGUGGGACACUUUCCACCAGUCAGCAUUGUUUCCUCAAUCUCUUCUGUACAUUAUUACAGGCUUCGGAACAUUUGUUUUAAAAUGCGAAAAAGACUACGGACAGCACUGGGGGAUGUUUGAUACGGUUUGCCUUUAACACUAACUGUACUGUUUUCUAUUCACACGUGUCUAGCAACGGAAGUAUAACAAACAGUAGCCUAAUGUCAAUGUCCGAAACUGUACUGAACUCAAAUUUGUUUUACAUUUAAUCCACUGUACCUAAACUUGUAUUUCUAGUUUGGUCAUGUUAAUUGUUUGAAGUAGUACGAUGCGCUCUCUUUUUCUCUCUCUUUAUCUCUCUCUCUCUCCCUGCACAGGCUUUCUUUUUCAUUGCGUUUAAGCUUUGGCAUCCUCUCCUACCUUUGGUUUAUUAUAUCUCUUUCUCUAACCGCUUUAGUUCAUUCUUGUAUGGUAUGUGCUUUGCCAUUGUUUCAUUUCGCACCUCGCCAUCUCCUCUUGCUCCUUAUCUUUUUGCAUUCUCUCUCUGCUUGUGUUCUUUAUUCAUCCGUACCUAUUGCCUCAGUGCUUUCGAUCCCUUUGUACUCCAGCCGUCUUAUCCGUUUCUAUCACCCACUCUCCUGACUGACUAUGUGGUGCUCAAAAUCCUCUCAAAUUGUGCUUGCGUUCUUUCUACUUACACUUUGCUGUGUUUCUCUGCACGCUCCUACUUUACCUCACCCUCUUUGCUUUGUGCUCUCUUCAGACUCCUUGUGCUUCUUAUUGCAUGGUGCUCUAUUGCCUCAUGUUAUUUUUUUCUCUCUCUCUCUAGCCUCUUGCGGCUGUACUCAUUGCCUGUGCUUGCUCUUUCUAAUCUGUGCAUUUAGUAUGAAGUAGCUCAUUUGUUGGGUCCAGCUACUCUCAUCUCAAAUCCUUGGCUGCAGACGUUAUGGGGAUAUUCCGAUAGAUUAUAUCCUAGUCAGCCAGAAAUAAUUCAAAUAAAAAUUCAAUCUAAUUUUUUUACUAAAUUUUUGAUACAGCCUCAAUCCUUUUAUUAAAGCAUACUGCAAUUUGUAAAAGCUUGGCUUCUUAGAAAUUGUUAAUGAAAUCAACUUUUGAUUUUUUUUCCUCAUAAGUCACCUUAUAAAUUUUAAUUUAGUUGUUUUUUAAAAAGUUUUACUGCCUUUUUAAAGAUUAUUACAGGAUAUCAAAUAGGUUCUGAUGAGAUGGGGAUGCUACAAAUGCCCCUGGCGCUAUUACUGGACUGAACCACAACUAGCAUGGUAUUGGACCUUGACUUGGAAAACCAUUGCAAUAAUUGUAUGCUGUGCAGACUUGGGUGGUCAGGCUCCGUCCAGGCUGGCCUUUUUACAUGUCGCAGGAUCUCGAAGCCAUAUAGAAGAUAGUGCACAUACCCUCGCUGUGUGUGCUCGGAUCUGCAGUGGCCAGGAGAGACAGAAUCAUCCCAACACCAUGGUGACUGGUGGGCAAAUCACACCGAAUAAUGCAUUCAUUAUUAGCCAUUUCUUUUUGCAAUUAUUAGUAAACAUUUUAUUUAUGCCACUAGACACUGUAUGUUGAAGUCUUGUAUUAAAAUGUGUUUUCACCAAA